GGGGAAGGCUGUGUCACUCUGCUGAACGAGACGGAGGCUCUGAAGUCCUUAUCUGGACCGAGAGGAUGCGUUCUUCUACUCCCUGGUCUACGACCCCCAGCAGAAGACUCUUCUGGCUGAUAAAGGRGAGAUCAGGGUGGGGAACAAGUACCAGGCAGACAUCACAGACUUCCUCAAAGAGGGUGAGGAGGAUGGCAGGGACCUGGCCAAGCUGGAGGAGAAGGUGUGGGACCCCAGCAGUCCCCUCACAGAGAAACAGAUCGACCAGUUCCUGGUUGUGGCUAGGUCAGUGGGUACCUUUGCGCGGGCUCUAGACUGCAGUAGUUCUGUCCGGCAGCCCAGUCUUCACAUGAGUGCUGCUGCUGCCUCUAGAGACAUCACCCUGUUCCAUGCCAUGGACACCUUGGAUAAGACGGGGUAUGACAUGACGCGGGCCAUCGCUGCCCUGGUUCCCCAGGGAGGACCUAUUCUCUGCCGGGACGAGAUGGAGGAGUGGAGCGCCUCAGAGGCCAACCUGUUUGAAGAGGCCCUGGAGAAAUACGGAAAAGACUUCACAGACAUACAACAGGACUUUGACCACAGACAGAUACGUACAGCAGAAACGGUUAAAAGCAGCGGAGGCAGAGAGCAAGUUGAAGCAAGUCUACAUCCCCAACUACAACAAACCUAACCCCAACCAGCUGAGUGCUAACAGUGUGAAGCCUGGCAUUGUGGGAGGCCUAGUGAACGGCUCCGGGGCUGCAGCUGGAGCCACAGUCGGAGCUGGGGGUGUCCCGGGGGUGCUACCAGUGCCCCCAGGACAGACCCCAGGACUGGGCCGCGCUUGUGAAAGCUGCUACACCAUCAGCUCGUACCAGUGGUACUCGUGGGGUCCCCCCAACAUGCAGUGUCGUCUAUGUGCCUCCUGCUGGACCUACUGGAAGAAGUAUGGAGGACUGAAGAUGCCAACAAGACUGGAAGGAGAGAGGCCUGGACCCAACCGCAACAACAUGGUGCACUGCGGUUGCCAGACGAGCCCAAAAAGCCAUUGCCGCUGAAGCCGGUUGACAGGAAGCCUCUGGAGUCAGUGGUCCGAUAUCUUGAGGCCCACCCGUGCCCACCCAAACCUGACCUCCCGCGCGGCCAGACCGUAACCACGGGCAGCCUGACACCCAUCAAGUCGACGCCUAACAUCCUCAACAACGGAUCACCCACCAUCCUGGGCAAACGCACCUACGAGCAGCACAACGGCAUGGACGGAACAAAGCCCAAAGCCCCACAGUGGGACAUCAUGGCCAAGAGAACAGCUGAGCCAGGCAGGACCACUUCUGCCCCCAUGCAGCAGGACGAGGUACAUGAACUGGACUGACUGACCACAGCAGGGACCUCACUACAACCUUCAUAUAAGGUAACAUCCAAAGAUGGAGUUGGGGGGGAUUUGAGUGGAGCAGGGCUGGAGGCCGCAGCACCAUCACUGAUUGGCCACCAUCUCACACAAUCAGCAUGAGCCUGCAAACUGUCAAAGACCAACCAACCAAUCGUCUUUUGGAAUGGAAGGAAUAGAACUAAGGCUGUGGCCUAUCAGAAGACUGCCUGACUGUACAGGACUGUGUUUAUUACUUAACCUUUCUUGUUAUUACUGUCAUUACUGUAAUUAUUAUUUUGUUUAUUUUAGUUAAUUUUUUUUUACCAACUAUAACCCGAAGCUUAAGUUUAAUUGUUGAUAAUAAAAAWRAAAAAAAAAGAUGAAACUUAGUUUCAUGAAAACUGCUUUCGUUGUUGCGUGGAAAACCCCUGUGGAAAAGGGUGAAAGAAGGACUGUCUGUAUUGUAAUAUAAGCCACUUGCAUCUUUUUUUAACAGGUUUAUUAAACAUAUGGCAAGGAGAUGAACAUUCAUUUCAAUGACAUAAGUAUACUUCCUUGGUUAUUUKUAUUAUUAUUUUGAAAUCUUCAAGAGGAUUCUGUUUUGUGAGCAGGCCCGACCCUAUUUGACCAGAGAGGUUUAACUUAUUGAGAAAGACUGAAACAUGCUGUUUUUUCUACCUUUUUCACAAGUAAUGCAUCUAUGCUUCAAUGAUGUAAUUAAAAUGAUAAUAGAUUUU